GGGGGGUAAACACCAGGGCUUUUUUCUUCUUUUUUAUUUCUUUUCAUGCUCCACCUUCCUCCUGCAGUGCGUGCUGAUUUUUAUUUUUAUCGCGAGAAGGGUCCAGCCGUCCCUUUCCCUCGUCAACGGUGCUAACGUCGAAGUUUGGUACUCACGAGAGCUUUUUUUCAGCUAUAUUUCGCUUUCACCCGCAAAUUUCGUAAAUUUUUCACCCCAUGGGGAUUUGAACUCACGACCUCUGCGACUAGCGGAUAAGGAGGAUACCACUAGACCACCGGGGCGACCGGUCCUCUGCCGGGACUCGAACCCAUGACCUGGCCCUUAGCAGACUUCGAGGCUACCCUCUAGACCACCGGGGCGACCAGUACUAAGACGCAGGGCGCUGGGGGCUGCACGCACGUGUGCACGUGUGUCUGCAGUCUGCAACAGCGCCAAUACUACCUCUGGCAACAUGGUUGGCGCAAGGCAUGGAGCCUUCUUGGCAUUGGCGUUGGCGGGGAAAACGAUAUCAGCAUUCGUGCCUCCUUCUGCAACGUCGUUCACAGGAGUCAGCUUGACGGGUUCCGCACGGCAGAACACCAUCAGGAGGAAUGGCGUUUCGUCCAUGAUCUUCGAUUACCCGGCGCCUGGAGAAAGGAAAGACUAUCCCCGACCUCCUUUGGAGGAGACCUCGGAGAACCAGCGGGAAUCUGCAGCCUUCUCGCAAGCAUUCCUCGAUAUGCCUAGGCCGGAGCGACCGUUGAAAGUUGCCGUAAUUGGAGCAGGGCUAGCAGGGCUAUCAUGCGCCAAGUAUUUGUCUGAUGCAGGGCACAAACCGAUCGUCCUUGAGGCAAGGGAUGUUUUGGGAGGAAAAGUGGCCGCAUGGCAAGACAAAGAUGGCGACUGGGUCGAGACUGGGCUGCACAUCUUUUUCGGUGCCUACCCAAAUGUGAACCAGAUGUUCACGGAGCUAGGUAUUCGGGACCGCUUGCAGUGGAAGUCGCACAGCAUGAUCUUUGCUAUGCCGGGACAACAGACGGCGGACGGAUUCCAGCGAUUUUCCCGCUUCGAGUUUCCCGCCUUGCUGCCCGCUCCGCUCAACGGCCUAGUGGCUAUUCUCCUCAACAACGAGAUGCUCACAUUCCCGGAGAAGAUUCAGUUUGGGAUCGGGCUCCUGCCGGCGAUUCUCUUCGGCCAGAAGUACGUCGAGGAGUGUGAUUCGCUAACAGUAUCGCAGUGGAUGAAAAAGCAAGGGGUUCCAGACCGUGUGAACGACGAGGUCUUCAUUGCCAUGGCCAAGGCUCUCAACUUCAUUGACCCCGAGAAUCUGUCAAUGACAGUUGUGUUGACGGCUCUCAACCGUUUCCUCCAGGAGACGCACGGAUCCAAGAUGGCGUUUUUGGAUGGGCCGCCGCCAACGCGUUUGUGCCAGCCGAUGGCGGACCACAUGCUUGCCCGUGGCGGAGAAUUGAGGAUGGAGCAGCGAAUCUCUGAGAUUUUGCUGAAUGACGACAAGACGGUUAAGGGCUUGAAAAUGCAAGACGGGUCGACGGUAGUGGCGGAUGCGUACGUCUCGACCAUGCCGGUUGACAUCCUCAAGCUUGCGCUUCCCGAAGCAUGGAGGCCCAUGCCCUACUUUGAGAAAUUAAACGGUCUGAACGGAGUACCUGUGAUCAACAUUCACAUGUGGUUUGACAGGAAGCUGACGACGGUGGACCAUCUCCUUUUCUCGCGGUCUCCGCUGUUGUCGGUGUACGCCGACAUGUCGCUCACAUGCAAGGGCUACCGUGACGACGACAAGUCGAUGCUUGAACUCGUGUUUGCCCCCGCGAAAGACUGGAUUGGCAAGUCAGAUGAAGAUAUCAUUGAGGCAACCAUGGGAGAGCUGUACAGGCUCUUCCCUAACGAGCUCAACAAGGAUGGCUCAGGGGCGAAGCUGCUCAAGUCAGCCGUCGUGAAGACCCCACUUUCAGUGUACGAGGCGACAGCAGGACGCGAGUUGUAUCGCCCUGUCCAGACAACACCGAUUUCCAACUUCUUCCUGGCUGGGUGCUUCACCAAACAAAAAUACUUGGCGAGUAUGGAGGGCGCUACUUUCUCCGGGAAGCUGGCGGCACGGGCUGUUAGCGAUGCUGCCAUUGCGGGCACGAUACCCUUGCAAAAGGAGGCGUCUGCUGUUGCAGCCUAGAAUCCGGGCGCAGUAGGCGAUUUGUGAGCCUUCACCCUGCGCCGCGAGAUGCGGGCGGUCUGCUGUCGGGCGCUGUGUCGGGCUGUAGUCAGAGUAGCAGUGCUGUGAAAAAACUGAGGGACGCAUUCCGUCAUGGGCAGCAAAUAAGGAAUUGCGAAACAUGUAAACUACGUUUAUUCAGCUUACCAAGGAACCUGCAAAAUGCCUUGCAUGUGUUACUGAUCAUCCAAACGCAACUAACCCUAGGGAAAUAGGACUGUGAUAUUCCAAACAUUCCUUGAGAGUGAUUACAUGGCGGGAUUUCGUGCCGCUCAUUUUCACAAGGAAAGAGACAUAGGUGUGGCUUCCUUGUCGAAAGUGCGGCUUGACCACCGACGCUCCUUUUUUAUUUCUAUUUCUUUGUCUUCACUUCAAAUCAGCGCAACCCACGCUCCUAUACCCCCCUUUGAAGGGAAAGCAUGCUACCGCUCUCGGUCCCCUUUCAUGUGUCUUUCACGAUGUUCCCCUAGUACCGCGACUAGUUGGGAAUAUCACGUACUCGGGUCAGCAACGGUGGAGAGAUAAAAAGGGAGAGAUAAAAGGUGCCCGCAGUUUGCUGAUUGGCCAAAUUUCUUGGA